AUGCACUACGGAGUGCAUCUCACGAUAGUAGUGGGAGGAAGAAGACUUUUCAGUCACUCUCUGACUACACGUUCACCGCUCACGAGUCAGUGUGACGUUUUGCUCGUCAGAGUCCAGUUCAGCUCUCGUCAAAGAAGAAGAAGACUGGUUACUUCUUCCGGUGCGAGAGACUUUGCCAAAAUGAUUAGCGGGGUUCUGUUGUUUGCUGGUCUGCUGACGAUUGGGGGGAGUUUGGAGUUGAGGAAUGGGGCCUACGAGGAUUUGGUCGUCAAAAUUUCGGACAAUGUUCCCCAGAGGGAGUGUACGAGGAUUUUGGAGAAUUUGGAGGCCACGCUAGACACCUACAGACCUGUUUCGAGCGUUUUGACUCUCAUCAGUACAGGGCAGUCUCAAGCCAGCAGUCUUAAGACCGCCGACUAA